ACUAUAAAUAGCGCUCGGCGGAGAUCGGAUUGGGACAUUAACCGUCGUGAGAUCGCCGGCGAUCACGGUCAGCAGCGCGCCGCUCCUUCCUACGAAGCUGUAAGGCAAUUUGUUCUUCAUGAAUUCAAGAAGCUCUGUGACAAAAUCUGUUUCCUGUGCAUCGGGAAACAAGGCCAACUUGUGGAUUUGCUCUUCCUUCCUGCCAAGUUUCCUGGGUGCUCCAGUUGUCUACGUAAACUUCCACUUGUUCAAGGCCAUUGUCAGGAUUCCUUCUUCAUCAGUCAUUGCCUUAGAGAUUUGUGGAGGGAGCCUGCCUUAGUGAGAAUUGUAAAGCACCUUUUCAAUUGAGACCUGCUUAACCUUCUGAGAGAUGGUUUCCUCUCAGAUUUCUGGUCUUUCCAGGAAUAAUGUUAAGAAGCCCUUAAACAAGCUACUUCUUCCAAUGGACAUUACUGAUGUUCUUCCCUCUAAGCAUGAGGAGUUCGAAUUUGCUGAUGUUUUUGGUCCCACCCCAGUGCAGGCCUCAAUUGAAGAAAGUGUGUUGACAUCUGAGAAUUCUUUAUUAGCUUCAUGCUCAACUGAAAAUGUUUUUGAUGACCCAGUUGUUGUUUUGAACCGCUCACAUUCAUUGGUAGGACCUACAACUCGUGUUACCCAGAUCUUGUCUCUUAGCAAGCUCACAUUGCAUGAGACUGAGAGUUCAUUGGAUCUCAUGGAGAGUGUGUAUGAUGAGAUAGAAGUUGAACAGAGAAAACUAGCUAUCGGCACUGCAGAUGAGCAUGUUAUCAAGUCUCACAAUGGAGAGGCUGUUGUUGGACUCGAUGACUUUGAAAUUUUGAAGCUUGUUGGCCAAGGUGCCUUUGGGAAGGUUUUUCAGGUGCGGAUGAAAGGCACAUCAGAAAUCUAUGCCAUGAAGGUGAUGAGAAAGGACAAGAUUAUGGAAAAGAAUCAUGCAGAGUACAUGAAAGCUGAGAGGGAUAUAUUGACAAAAAUUGAUCAUCCAUUUAUAGUGCAGCUCAGAUAUUCGUUUCAGACAAAGUACCGGUUGUACCUUGUGCUGGAUUUUGUGAAUGGUGGUCACCUAUUUUUUCAGCUUUAUCAUCAGGGUUUGUUCAGAGAGGAUCUGGCACGGGUUUAUACAGCUGAGAUUGUGUCUGCUGUUUCUCAUCUUCAUGCAAACGGCGUUAUGCACCGGGACCUCAAACCAGAAAACAUCCUUCUGGAUGCUGAUGGCCAUGCUAUGUUAACAGACUUUGGCCUUGCAAAGGAAUUUGAAGGUAAUGGUAGAUCAAACUCCAUGUGUGGGACAGUAGAAUACAUGGCACCUGAAAUUGUUCUUGGGAAAGGCCAUGACAAGGCUGCUGACUGGUGGAGUGUUGGAAUUCUUCUCUUUGAAAUGCUUACUGGGAAGCCCCCUUUUGUUGGAGGCAACAGAGAUAAGGUUCAACAGAAGAUAGUGAAGGACAAAAUAAAACUCCCGGCAUUCUUGUCAAGUGAAGCACAUUCCUUGUUGAAAGGGUUGCUGCAGAAAGAAUCAAGCAGGCGCCUCGGAAGCGGAUCCGGUGGUAGCAACGAGAUAAGGAACCACAAGUGGUUCAAAUCAAUAAACUGGAGGAAACUAGACGCUCGGGAAAUCCAACCGAGCUUCCGUCCCAACGUCCCUGACAAGAACUGCAUUGCCAACUUCGAUGAGCGCUGGACGAGCAUGCCAUUGUUGGAUUCUCCCGUCUCCAGCCCCGUCUCCGGUGAUAAUAAUUUCAAGGGAUUUACUUAUGUGAGGCCUUCAUCUUUCCUUCAGAAGCUACCCAGCUCUCUUGGUGGAAUUCAGCAGUGAUAUUAUAACCUUAGGAGUUCUCUAUCUAUCACUCAAACAGUGAUUAGUUUACUGUUAUUUAUGCCACAUUUUGGUUGUGUUUAGGUCAAUAUUGACAGUAUCUUGUUUCUUUUAGCUCAAAUACUUGGCUGCUAUGUUUUAUGUUUUAUGUCAUGGUCUUGUGCUGUGAUAUUACAGAAUUGUAUCUGGAGACUUCUUCUUUAACUUUAAUUAGUUAAUUUUAUCUUAA